GACGUGGGAAUAAAUUUCAAUUAAUAUGAGAAAAUAUCAUAAGUGGCACUAACAUUUCUCUAUGAUAUAACAUCCACGCACAAAUAAAUAGGAUCGGCUGAUUCUACAGACUUGUAUAAAAAUGAAUAUAAGCAACGGCUGGCAACGUUGGUGAUGUUCCUUGUUUUUGUUUCUGGUCAGUUUUGUGAUCACAUCAGCUAAGUGGCUGCGAAUUUUUGGUUGGGUGCACAAAGAGUGAGCUUUAUUCUCUCUUUUUGUGUUUUAAGAAUGCAACUUGUAGCCACUUGGGUGAUUUAGACUCCUUGCUCCGCUACUUCACCAAGUUAAAUAAACUCUGCAUCCCUUAAAUAGUGUGUUACCUUACCCGUAUCCAUCACAGGUGUUUACUUGGAAGAGGCUGGAUAGUUUCUCUUUCUCUCUCCAUGGAUCUUCAGGAUUUCCUUAUCCGUGCUCGGGUCUUGAGGCUUUACAGACAAGCAUUGAGAAUUGCUGGUCGAGCCCCUUCUUCCGCUAAAGCUGAACUGAGGCAGACAAUUAGGCAAGAGAUGGAAAAUAAUAGAAACUGCAAUGACAAGCAAAGGAUCCGUUUCUUGAUUAGUGAGGGAUUGGAUAAACUGAAACGAUUGGAUGAAAUGCUAGAUAUGCAAGGUUAUCGUUGAUGGAUUGAAUACGUAUCGGUAGGUAAUAAAAUAUCUUCCCCUUGUUAGAAGAGGAGUAGAAAGUCAAAAUAGUUCAUGAAGGAUAUGGCGUCAGUAAAAUUAUGGUUUAAUUUUUUAAAGUCUCCGUUGAUUAAUGACUUGGCUCGAUGAUUAUCCCUUUCCAGAGAGAUUCUUCAGUGAAUUACACUAUGGGUGAUGUAAAAUAUCUUUUGAUGCAGUACUUAUAGAUUCUUAUGUGUUAUUACUUAAUGGUGUUAUCUACCUAUUCUUGCUACCACUUUUUAUCCCAAAAAAAAUAUUCCUGUCUACCAAUCCUCUCUAUGAUAGGCAAUGCCAACAGAGUUUGAUCCAA